GAUUGGGAAUAUUAUCAUUCAAUAGACAAUAAAGUUGCUUUGAAAGAAAUAAAAGAUUCUAGACAUGAUAUAGUCGAAUAUUUGAAAGUGAUAAUGACUAUUAAUGAUCAUGAUAAUGGAAAUAUUGCUAAAUAUUAUGGAAUUUCAAAAAAUCCUUCCACACAUAACUACAUUUUUGUUACGGAAUUAUUUGAUGGAGAUUUAAAUAAAUUUUUAACGGAAACUUUUUGGGAUUUAGGGUGGGAACAAAAAAUAAACAUAUUAGAUUCAAUAACAUGUGGUCUUAGAAGUUUACAUGAAAAAAGUUUAGUUCAUAGUGGAAAUAUUUCAAAUUCCACCAAACACGAAAAACUUGAGGAUAGUAUAGUAGAUAAUGAUGUUAUGCACCAACUUAAAAUUGCUGAUGAAAAUCAAAGAAAUACAUCAAAAUCUCAAAAGCAAGAAUUAUUUGAAUUACUUUCAUAUUCAAAUAAGUUACAUCCACAAUCAUGCUAUAUUGGCCGAUAUAUUCAUACUCUUCAUGGAUUGCAAGAUUUAUUGGAAGAAAUAAAAUCUGGAAAUUCUUCAGAUCCUAAUUUAUUAAAGCCCAAUGAAUCAAUUAUUUUAAAGUCCAAUUCUUAUGAUACUGUUCUAAAGAAUUAA